AUGUCUACGGUUCUUCUUGCUGUUAUUGCUGUUAUUCUCUGCGUUCUUUUCCGAAUACUAAAUGUGAAUAGCCAACCUCAUAAGCCUGUUAUAUACGGAAGAGAUAGAAAUUUCAUUGAAAAUAUUUUAUUCAUUGCACCGUUUCUGAAUGAACCUUACAUUCCAACGCGAUUAUGGGGCUUUAGUGGACAUGUUCAAACCAUCCUUCAUAGCCUUAUAGGCAGGGUACGAUGCCCUUGGCCCAUUGGAGGUCGCAUUUCUCUUACAUUACCAGACAAAUCCACACUCACCUAUGAUAUUUAUGAACCUUUAGGAGCUGAACAUGAAGAUGACGUAACAGUGGCGAUAUGUCCCGGCAUCGGCAACACUUCAGAGAGUGUGUACAUACGUACCUAUGUACACUACUCCCAACGCCACGGUUACAGAUGCGCCGUAUUGAACCAUAUCGGUGCCCUCAACAGCGUACCUGUCACCGGAACUCGAAUAUUCUCAUAUGGUCACACCGAUGACUUCAACUACAUGGUAGAGAAUUUGCUAGAACGAUACCCAAAUACGAAAUUGAUUCUAGUUGGCUUCAGCCUCGGAGGAAAUUUAAUCACAAAAUAUUUAGGCGAAGACAGGAAAAAACCUAACAAUAUAAUAGGCGGAAUCUCAAUAUGUCAGGGCUACAAUGCCAUCGACUCCAUGGUGUACUUGUUACAAUGGCAGAAUUUCCGUCGAUUCUAUCUGUACAUAAUGACUGACAACUACCGCAACAUCAUCACGAGGCACAAGCGCAUGCUCCUGAGCCCCGAACUGAAGAAUAGGUACUCACUAGAUGAAAAAAUGAUCGUCUCCGCUGGUACCCUGCCGGACCUCGACGAGGCUUAUUCUCGUAAAGUGCACGGGUUCGAUUCAGUGACAGAGUUAUACAAAUGGAGUUCAUCAGCUUUCUAUCUUAAAAAUAUUAAAACCCCAAUGAUAUUUAUAAAUGCGCGAGACGAUCCGAUUGUGCCUGAACAACUGUUACCAACCAUCAGAGAAUUUGUCAGUUCACACGAUAAGGCGAUGUACCUGGAACUAUCUCACGGCGGGCACCUCGGGUUCUACGAGGGCGGGCUGGUGUACGCCAACCCGGUGACGUGGCUGGACCGCGCGCUGGCGGCGCUGGUGGGCGGCCUGCUCAUGGCGCACCACAAGUGCGACCCCAAGCUCCGCGAGCCCGUCGACCGGGACUACGACGAGCCGGAUCUCAUCAAAUCAGCAACCAUUAUAUAUAGAGACCCUCUAGACAAACCGGCCAAAGUG